AUGAGCUGGUUGGAGAGCGCCGCGCGAUGGUCUGUGCGGCUGCCGCGAGGCGCGCUGCGGGCGCCCGCACUGCGCAUGCGCCAGCCGGCGCGAGCCUUGGCCGACGAGCCCGAGCAGCGCCAGCCUGGACCCGGCCGCGAAAGGGACGAGGCCAGCGUGCCCAGGCCGCUCUUCAGCUGCGAGCCGCCGCUAGACUGCCAGGGGCCGUGCCCUCCGCCCCCAGAGUGCCCGUGUCCGCCGCCGCCGCCGCCCCCGGCGCUGCUGCGCUUCGCGUCGGCGUUCUUCUGGUGGACGGGUCGCGCGGCGCUGGGCGCCAGCCUCGUCUACUGGACGUACGUGUACGGCCUGUGGGGCUCCUCUGACGACACCAAGGCCAUCGUGGACCAGUGGCGCAAGGCCGUCGGCUUCACCAAGCAGGCUGGGGCCGGGCUGUGGCUGGGCCUGUCCAAGCUGUGGGACGGCGGCGUCAAGGCGGUCUUCUCGGUCAUCGCGCUCGGCCUGCAGUACAUGAUGGGACCCGGUGUGGGCACCGAGAAGCCGCGCCACCAGACGGCAGAGGUCGCCAAGGAGCCCGAGCGCGACGACGACGACGACGAGCUGGCGCCGUGCGGCUGCUGCAAGCGCAAGUGGGACGCCGCCGAGCGGGACCCGGCCGGAUAGCCACGCCCCCAAAGCACGCCCGAGCACCUGCCGGUUCUUACAAAUUUCCGUCCAAACAGGUCCUGUGCCAAUAAAAGUUGUCGUUA